AGAUACAGCAAAAAGUGAUAGACUGCUGCAUAACACAGAGAGACUGCCCAGUGCUGACUAAGGAUGAUGGAACACACCUCUUUAUUUGUGCUUGUUCUCAGCGCUCUGCUUCACUGCAACACCUGCAACAAAGGUAACAAGCAUAAACCAUGGAUAGAGGCUCAGUACCAAGGGAUUAUCAUGGAAAAUGACAAUACUGUCUUGCUAAACCCACCAUUGUUUGCCUUGGACAAGGAUGCACCCCUGAGAUAUGCAGGUGAGAUCUGUGGCUUCAGGAUUCAUGGCUCCAGUACUCCCUUUGAGGCUGUGGUUCUGGACCGGACCACUGGGGAGGGGCUAAUCCGGGCAAAGGGCCCUGUUGACUGUGAGGCACAGAAAGAGCACACAUUUACCAUCCAGGCCCAUGACUGUGGAGAAGGGCCAGAGGGGAGCAACAGCAAGAAAUCACACAAGGCAACGGUUCAUGUUCGUGUGAAUGACGUCAAUGAAUUUGCCCCUGUGUUUGGGGAGCGGGUGUUUCGUGCCUCUGUAACUGAAGGUCGCAUGUAUGAGCGUGUGCUGCGGGUGCAAGCGUGGGAUCAGGACUGCUCACCACAAUAUAGUCAAGUCUGCUUCUACCAGAUCUUGACCCCUAAGGUGCCCUUCACUAUUGAUAAUGACGGAUACAUAAAGAAUACGCAGCCCCUGCUGGCGAAUGGUGACAAACUGAUCAGAUUUACUGUUACCGCUUAUGACUGUGGGAAGAAAAGGGCUGUUGAAGAUGCAGAGGUGGAAAUACAAAUAAAACCCACAUGCAAACCCAGCUGGAGAGGCUGGAACAAGCGCAUUGAGUAUAUACCUGGAUCGGGCAGUCUGGCUUUGUUUCCCAGCAUUCAUUUGGAGACAUGUGAAGAGCCUGUUUGGACUAUUCAGGCCACCAUCGAGAUACAGACAAGUCACAUUGCCAAGGGCUGCGACCGAGAUAACUACUCAGACAAAGCUCUGCGCAAACUUUGUGGCGCUGCCCCAGGGGAUGUGGAUCUCUUGCCCUCAUCCACUCUUGGCUAUAACUGGACACACAGGCUGCCUGUGCAGGACACCCAGGACAGCAGCCCUGUGUUUUGGUUCAAUGGGUCCCAGGCUGUAGAGGUUCCCCCUGGACGUCUUCCUGCAGGAGCUCAUGCUGCUGACCACCUCACUCUCUCUUUCUGGCUCAAACAUGCAGGAGGGAGUGGAGGACGGGCAGGGAAGGAAGAGGAGGUCCUACUGUGUAACACAGUGCUUAACGAUGGCACUUACUCACACUAUACCCUGGCUGUACACGGAUGCCGGAUUUCCUUCCUCUAUUGGCCUUUGCUGGACACUGCUCGUCCUGUUAAAUUCCUAUGGAAACUUGAGCAGGUGUGUGACGCAGAGUGGCAUCAUUACGCGCUCAGUCUUGAGUUUCCUACAGUCUCUCUGUAUGUGGAUGGAGUAACAUAUGACCCUGCACUUAUUCACGACAAUGGCGCACUUACGCCUCCGAGGCACCAAGCUCGUCUGAUGAUAGGCGGCUGUUGGGCAGGUGAGGAUGAAGCACGAGAGAGAAUCAAAAGGUGUGGGGAGGACACUACAAUGUACACUGGUUCUGUUCCCGGGCGUUUCCUGCGUGGCUACAUGUCAGGCCUGUCUCUGCCUGGUCCUGUGGAUUCCCGGGAGGUGAUUGAGUGUCUGUACACGUGUAAGGAGGGUCUCCAGUACACAGACUUUGAUAGCCUGGGCAAGGGGAUGAAGGUUCAUGUGAAUCCUGCUCAGUCCCAGCUGUCCUGGGAAGGUGAUGAUUCCUCGUCCUUCAGCCGAGCUCUGCAGCACGUUGAAUAUCUCAACUCUCUACAGUUCCCAACCCCAGGAGUGCGGCCCCUGAGCUACAGACAACAGUUAGGUGAAUGUCUCAGUGAUCAAGGAUGUCUCUCAGUACCAGAUCUGGAAGGGUAUCUUGUGGUAUUGCAGCCAGAUUCUCCACAGGUCGUACUUUCAGGAUCUCCUCGCUCUGCACAUCCCAUCUCAGACUUCCAGGGGCCAUUAGGUGUAUUCAUAUUCCCUGACCUAAGGAUCACAUGCUCAAUGUCUCGCCCACUGAACCCCAGCAAGCAGGAGCGAACUCCAAGAGCAGACAUGCAGUCUCCUGACGGAAUAGAGUGCUCUCUGGAGAGGUGUGAGGUUGUGGUUGUCGGGGAGGAUUUGAACCCCGAUUAUGAGAGUCUAUCCCUGGAUGUCUCUUCAGCAUGGCAACGUGGCCUAGAGACUGAAAACAGCUCACGAAGCCUACGGAUUAUAGGUGUGCAGAAUGUGGCAGUGUAUGAGGACAUCCUGCGUAGUCUUAGUUAUCGGACAAAGUUCCAAGCUGCUCUGUAUGCUCGAAAAUUCCAUGUGUCCUGCAGUGAGAUGAAUGGGAAGUAUAUAAGCAACCAGCUGUAUACAGAGAUUGACGUGUUACACAGGAUACGUGCACAAUCUCCCAGUCACCUCCUGUCAGACAAGCAGUUUGUUCACAGCGCACAUCAGGGGCCUGUAGAGCUCUCAGGACACACGCCAGUAAGCGCCAACCGCAGCUCAGUGUUCCCUGGAGUUGCCAUGGUGAUAAUUGUCGUAUGCAUUGGGUUCCUAGCACUAAUUGUUACACUGGGGUUGUCAAGAAUACACAGCGUGCGGCAAAAAGGUGGAGCUGAGGGCUCAGAGCUAGAAGCUGCCAAUCAGAGAGAUCCAUUCUGGGAAGACUCGGCCAUGACAAUAACUGUGAAUCCAAUGGAGUCCUUGCAGUCUCGCAGAUCGGUCUCAGCACAGAAAGGGUCGGUCACAGAGCAGGGAGAAUCAGACGAGCAGCCUCGCUGACUGGGAUAGGUCGUGUGACCUCUGUGUACGUGACACUCACGUGCGAAGCACUCGCUGGCUCUCGUCUCCUCCACCAUCAUUUCUCAGGGGAAAUAAGCCGCUUUGUCUCAUUCCUAAUGUUUCCAUGUGACUCUUCUUCAUGUGCUGUGGAGAGGCUGUUGUCUGACCCCUGUCCGUCUCUCACUCAUGCAGACUAAAGACACUGGUGACACAACCUAUCAGUCUCUCCUCCCUACAAACAUCUCAAUGAGCCCCCCGUCCCUCCCCUCUCUUGUACCCGUCUGUCUCUGGGGUAAGGGUUCACGACACUGAAUGAAACGACUCACUGAUUUGUGAUAUAUAUAUAUAUA